AAUGUAAAAAGUUUUUCACCGGAGUACCCCUUUAACAUCCUCUGUUAGUUUAAAUUUGUCGACCAUAACUUGACUGCAACUUCCACCCAACUCCUGAACCAUCAAACCAAAGCUGUGAAAGUCUAUAAGAGAUGCCAUACCACAUGUUAUGUACAAGUACAGGCCUGCAGAAAAAAAAUUAUCAGCUCUCUAAAGAGCCCAGACAGGACCAAGGAAAACUAUUUGCCCCUAUACAGGACCAACAAAAUCAGAAAAUAGCAAGGGAAAUACAAAAUCAAGGUAACCAUAUAUUAUACCAGGGGAGGAAGCUUGCCAAGGCUAGAAGUGAAAGAGAUCUUCAUGAAAGAGAGCAAAGACAUGAUGAGAAUUCCGAGGAAAGUGAAGAUUCGCAGAGCAGUGAGGAAGAGGAAGGAUACAAUUAUGGUCACUCAAGGGAUAAAAGAGACAUCAACAAUACUCAACCUGUAGAAGCAAAAAAGCUUGGAAAACACAAGAAACAAAAGCAAUGUCAAUGUGAAGAAGGAAAAGAGCACAGAGAAAAUUGUAGCAAAAAGUCUGAAAAGAAUAGACACUCAAAGGGGAGGCAAAGACAAGGAUAUGAGGGAGAACAAAAAAAGCAGGAUACUCAGAAAGUUGGAGAGGAAAAUAGGAAUGUGACAGAGAAAAGUGAUGGAAACAUAGAAAGGGUAAAUCGUGAGAUAUUUAAUGAUACUCUACAACCGGGACAAGUAGAACAAGGACAGCCAAUAACAGAGGAAAAGAAACAUAAAAAGCAUGGAGAACGGGGACAGCCAAUAACAGAGGAAAAGAAACAUAAAAAGCAUGGAGAACGGGGACAGAUGAAAGAAAAAGAAAAGAAACAUGGAAAACAUAAAGAACAAGGCCAGAAAGGCGCAGAUGGAAAGAGGCAUAGAAAACAUAGAGAAGAAGGGCAGGAAAGGGAAGAGAGAAAGAGACAAAAAAAAUAUGGAGGACAUAAAACAGAUGAAGAAAAUAGACAACCAGAACGUGGAGAAAAAGAAGAGAGAGCAGAAGAAAUAAGACAAACAGAUAAUAUAGAAAGAGCAAAACAUGAGGUCCCUGAUAGUGCUCUCCAAAAAACAGAAGGCCAAGCGGAACAGGGGCAGAGGAUAGCGGAGCAAAAGAAACAUGCAAAACAUGGAGAACAGGGGCAGAAGAUAGCAGAGGAAAAGAGACAUGCAAAACAUGGAGAACAAGGGAAGGAGACAGCAGAGGAAAAGAGAAAUGCAAAAAAUGGGGAAAAAGGGCAGCAAAGUGCAGAACAAUCAGGCCAAACAGAUAAUAUAGAAAGAGUAAAGCGGGAGAUCCCUGUAAGUUCUCUACAAGAAACAGAAGUUCAAGCAGAACAGAGGCAGAAGAUAGCAGAGGAAAAGAGACAUGCAAAACAUGGAGAACAGGGGCAGAAGAUAGCAGAGAAAAAGAAAAAUGAAAAACAUGGAAAACAGGGGCAGAAGAUAGCAGAGGAAAAGAAAAAUGUAAAACAUGGAGAACAGGGGCAGAAGAUAGCAGAGGAAAAGAGACAUGCAAAACAUGGAGAAGAAGGGCAGAAGAUAGCAGAGGAAAAGAGACAUGCAAAACAUGGGAAAAAGGGUCAGGAGAUGGCAGAAGGAAAGGGGCAUGCAAAACAAGGAGAAAAAAGGCAGAAAAUAGCAGAAGAAACAGGACAAAUGGAUAAUAUAGAAAGAGUAAAACCUGAGGUCCCAGAAAGUUCUCUCCAAAAAAUAGAAGGCCAAGCAGAACAGGGGCAGAGGAUAGCAGAGCAAAAGAAACAUGCAACAAAGGGAGAACAGGGGCAGAAGAUAGCAGAGGGAAGAAAACAAACAAAAUAUGGCAAAAAGGGGCAGAAGAAAGCAGAGGGAAAUAGAGAUGCAAAACAUGGAGAACAAGGGAAGGAGACAGCAGAGGAAAAGAAACAUGCAACAAAGGGAGAACAGGGGCAGGAGAUAGCAGAGGAAAAGAGACCACAAGAACUUGUAGAAAAAUUACAGGAGAGAACAGAAGAAACAGGACAAACAGAUAAUAUAAAAAAUAGCCAGGCAGAUAACAUAGAAAGGGUAAAACGUGAAGUCUUUGACAAUGCUCUCCAAAAAACAGAGGAGCAAGAAGAAAUUAAUGAAGCGCAGAAAUCAGGAAAUGGGAAGAAUUGUACAAGGAAGCAUGGUAAGGACAAUGAAAAGAAAGAGAAAUAUCAUAGGGGACACGGCACACUGGCAAAGGAGCAAAGUCUAGCAAAGUACAAAUAUCAUAGGGGGAAUUGUACAAACAAUGAGGACAGAGCACACACAAAGGAAAAGAGGCAUACACCAAAGAACAGUAAUGGAGAGAAAAAUAAUCAUCAGCCAGGCGAAAGGGUAGGGCAGAAACCAGGGGCACAAAAUCCCUGUCACAAGAGGAGUCUGAUGCCAGGAGAAAGGGAAGGACAAAAGCAGGGAGAAAAGGAAGGACAAAAGCAGGGAGAAAGGGAAGGACAAAGGCAGGGAGAAAGGGAAGAACAAAAGCAGGGAGAAAAGGAAGGACAAAAGCAGGGAGAAAGGGAAGGACAAAAGCAGAGAGAAAGGGAAGGACAAAAGCAGGGAGAAAGGGAAGGACAAAAGCAGGGAGAAAGGGAAGGACAAAAGCAGGGAGAAAGGAAUCAAAACCCAGGAAAUAAGGAAACAAAAUGUCCCCAUCACCUAACAAAAAGACAUGAACAUAACAAAAAUAAAGAAAAAGUCACUGAAAAGCAUACAAUUAAUAAUCGAAAAGAAGUGGAAGACAGAAGACAAAAGUUCAAUAACAAUUUCAAUACAUUUACAGACACUGAGAAUGAUAGUUCAGAAGAAGACUCACGAGAGGAAACCAAUAGUCAUGAUAGCCAUGAAGAUAACAACGAAUCGUCACCUGGCCAGGUUAUUGAACAACCAGAAUCUCCACCAAACAGUCUGUUACCAUUACCAGAAUCAGGUGAGCAGCCACCAGUUUUGGCUGGUGAGCAACCAUCAGUUCCAUCAGAUGAGCGGCCUCCUACCAUGACAAAUGAUCCAGAAGCUGCAACUUCAUCUGAUACAUCUACGGUGUUAGAAUAUGAGCAGCCGCCGAAUGAAAAUAAUAAACAGCAGCAAGAGUUAGAAACCAAGGAACUAUUAGACAGUGAGCAAAUAUCCUCUACAAAGAGUAAAGAACCUCAACGUCCGGUCAUUGAUGAGACACAAGUUCAACAGGAUGAUCAGCCACAAGAUCAGAAUAUUGGAGAACCACAAGACCAGCCACAAGAUCAGAAUAUUGGAGAACCACAAGACCAGCCACAAGAUCAGAAUAUUGGAGAACCAGAAGACCAGCCACAAGAUCAGAAUAUUGGAGAACCACAAGACCAGCCACAAGAUCAGAAUAUUGGAGAACCACAAGACCAGCCACAAGAUCAGAAUAUUGGAGAACCACAAGACCAGGCACAAGAUCAGAAUAUUGGAGAACCACAAGACCAGCCACAAGAUCAGAAUAUUGGAGAACCACAAGACCAGCCACAAGAUCAGAAUAUUGGAGAACCACAAGACCAGCCACAAGAUCAGAAUAUUGGAGAACCACAAGACCAGGCACAAGAUCAGAAUAUUGGAGAACCACAAGACCAGCCACAAGAUCAGAAUAUUGGAGAACCACAAGACCAGCCACAAGAUCAGAAUAUUGGAGAACCACAAGACCAGCCACAAGAUCAGAAUAUUGGAGAACCACAAGACCAGCCACAAGAUCAGAAUAUUAGAGAACCACAAGACCAGCCACAAGAUCAGAAUAUUGGAGAACCAGAAGACCAGCCACAAGAUCAGAAUAUUGGAGAACCACAAGACCAGCCACAAGUUCUGAGCAUUGAUCAGGCAGCUCCAGCCAGUGAUCCACCAUCUGCUUAAUAUGCUGAUGGGUCACAUGCUCCAGAUAUAAGUCAUCAUCCCUAAUUCUAGGCUAUGCUUAACCACCAGUUUCAGCAGCCGAAUACCUCGUGUUUACUCAAUGUAUAAAUUUUACAUGUGUCUAAGCCUUCAAAUGAAUGAUGGCCCAAAGAAACAUGCAUUGUUAGUUACUACUAAU